UGCAUUCCCUCUCUUUGGUUCCCUCCUUCUGCGCGAGUCUCAGGAGAAGCCGCAGCGCAAGGCGCCGCUGUUGCCGUCCAAGGCCGCUCGCCUUGCACCAUGGACUGGCAGCCAGACGAACAGGGCCUGCAGCAGGUCCUGCAGCUUCUCAAAGACUCACAGUCGCCUAACACAGCCACGCAACGCAUCGUGCAGGAUAAACUCAAACAACUAAACCAGUUUCCUGACUUCAACAACUACCUAAUCUUCGUCCUGACCAGACUCAAGUCGGAAGAUGAGCCAACUCGCUCUCUCAGUGGCCUCAUCCUCAAGAACAAUGUGAAGGCACAUUACCAGAGCUUUCCACCGCCUGUGGCUGACUUCAUUAAACAGGAGUGUCUCAACAACAUCGGUGAUAACUCCUCACUCAUUCGAGCCACUAUAGGAAUUCUCAUCACCACCAUCGCUUCCAAGGGUGAGCUUCAGAUGUGGCCUGAGCUGCUGCCGCAGCUGUGCAACCUGCUCAAUUCAGAGGAUUACAACACUUGUGAGGGAGCCUUCGGAGCCCUACAGAAGAUCUGUGAAGACUCGUCUGAGCUUCUGGACAGCGAUGCCCUCAACAGGCCCCUAAACAUCAUGAUCCCCAAGUUCCUACAGUUCUUCAAGCACUGCAACCCCAAGAUCAGGUCCCAUGCCAUUGCCUGCGUGAACCAGUUCAUCAUGGACCGGGCCCAGGCGCUGAUGGAUAAUAUCGACACCUUCAUCGAGCACCUGUUUGCUCUGGCUGUGGAUGAUGACCCCGAGGUGCGCAAGAACGUGUGCCGUGCCCUGGUGAUGCUGUUGGAAGUGCGGAUAGACAGGCUCAUCCCCCAUAUGCACAGCAUUAUCCAGUACAUGCUGCAGAGGACCCAGGACCACGAUGAGAAUGUGGCCCUUGAGGCCUGCGAGUUCUGGCUGACGCUGGCCGAGCAGCCCAUCUGCAAGGAAGUCCUGGCCUCCCACCUGGUCCAGUUGAUCCCCAUCCUGGUAAACGGGAUGAAGUACUCAGAAAUUGACAUCAUCCUGCUCAAGGGGGAUGUGGAAGAGGAUGAAGCGGUCCCUGACAGUGAGCAGGACAUCAAGCCACGUUUCCACAAGUCGCGCACUGUGACGCUGCCCCAUGAGGCUGAGCAGCUCGAGGGUCCCCAGAAUUCACAGAAUGAUGAUGAUGAUGAUGCUUUAUCCGACUGGAAUCUGAGGAAGUGCUCGGCGGCUGCACUGGACGUCCUGGCCAAUGUCUUCCGGGAGGAACUGCUGCCCCACUUACUCCCAUUGCUCAAGGGCCUCCUCUUCCACCCUGAGUGGGUGGUCAAGGAGUCAGGCAUCCUGGUGUUGGGAGCCAUUGCUGAGGGCUGCAUGCAGGGCAUGGUCCCUUACCUGCCAGAGCUGAUCCCGCACCUCAUCCAGUGCCUGUCAGACAAGAAGGCCCUGGUCCGGUCCAUCGCCUGCUGGACGCUGAGCCGCUAUGCCCACUGGGUUGUCAGCCAGCCACCUGACAUGCACCUGAAGCCUCUGAUGACAGAGCUGCUCAAGCGCAUCCUAGAUGGCAACAAGAGAGUGCAGGAGGCAGCCUGCAGUGCCUUUGCCACCUUGGAGGAGGAGGCCUGCACAGAGCUGGUGCCCUACCUCAGCUACAUCCUGGAUACCCUCGUCUUUGCCUUUGGCAAGUACCAGCACAAGAACUUGCUCAUCCUCUAUGAUGCCAUCGGCACGCUGGCUGACUCUGUGGGCCACCACCUCAACCAGCCGGAAUACAUCCAGAAGCUGAUGCCUCCACUGAUCCAGAAGUGGAAUGAGCUCAAGGACGAAGACAAGGACCUCUUCCCUCUGCUGGAGUGCCUGUCUUCCGUGGCCACUGCCCUGCAGAGUGGCUUCCUGCCCUACUGUGAGCCCGUCUACCAGCGCUGUGUGACCUUGGUGCAGAAGACGCUGGCCCAGGCAAUGAUGUAUACCCAGCACCCUGAGCAGUAUGAGGCCCCUGACAAGGAUUUCAUGAUCGUGGCACUAGACCUGCUCAGCGGCCUGGCUGAGGGCCUGGGUGGCCACGUGGAGCAGCUGGUGGCCCGAAGCAACAUCAUGACACUGCUUUUCCAGUGCAUGCAGGACUCAAUGCCCGAGGUCCGGCAGAGCUCCUUUGCCCUCCUGGGAGACCUCACCAAAGCCUGCUUCAUCCACGUCAAGCCCUGUAUCGCUGAGUUCAUGCCCAUCCUGGGCACCAACCUGAACCCCGAGUUCAUCUCUGUCUGCAACAAUGCCACCUGGGCCAUUGGCGAGAUCUGCAUGCAGAUGGGGGCAGAGAUGCAGCCCUAUGUGCAGAUGGUCCUGAACAACCUGGUGGAGAUCAUUAACCGGCCCAACACCCCCAAGACGCUGCUGGAAAACACAGGUCGCCUGAUGAGUCCCUCUGCCAUUCCAGCCAUCACCAUCGGCCGCCUGGGCUAUGUGUGCCCACAGGAGGUGGCACCGAUGCUGCAGCAGUUCAUCCGGCCUUGGUGCACGUCCCUCAGGAACAUCAGGGACAACGAGGAGAAGGACUCUGCCUUCCGAGGCAUCUGCAUGAUGAUUGGUGUCAACCCUGGGGGCGUGGUGCAGGACUUUAUUUUCUUCUGCGAUGCUGUAGCCUCAUGGGUGAGCCCGAAGGAUGACCUUCGGGACAUGUUUUAUAAGAUUCUCCACGGCUUCAAAGACCAAGUUGGGGAGGAUAACUGGCAGCAGUUCUCAGAACAGUUCCCACCUCUGCUCAAGGAGAGGCUGGCUGCCUUCUACGGGGUCUAGGCGAGCAUGGCGACUGCCAGGUUUCUGUCUGCGUCAUCGUCGGAGGGGUUGCUGGGGAGCACACUGUGUCCAGAAGUCGCUGUGCCCUGGUCGAGGGGGGGUUAGGGAGGAGUGAGUGGGACCCAAAUCCAGAUGCCUUCCCUGCCCGUCUCCCUGAUACCAGGCCACCCUGUGUGGCCGGCUGGUGGGCAGGCAGGUGGGUGGGGC